AUGCUCCUAACACUCUUGCACAUUCUUUCAAACGCCGAUCAUAAUCAUGAUCAAUACCCUACCUUCUCAAAUGACCUAUCUCCGAAAGUGCUAGGGCUAAAGUGAGAGAAACUGAGCCACAUCCACUUCUACUUCCACGACGUCAUCAGCAGCAAAAACCCGACGACUGUCAAAAUUGCCGAAGCACAAGUGACGAACAAAUCAUUGACGGUUUUCGGCAGGGUGAUGAUGAUGGACGACCCUUCGACGGUGGGGCCAGAGCGGAGCUCCAAGAAAGUUGGAAAAGUUCAAGGCAUAUGUGUCUCGGCUUCGCAAUCUGAUGUAGGGAUUUUAAUGGUUCACAACUACAUCUGUACGGAAGGGAAAUAUAACGGAAGCAUCCCCAACAUCUUGGUACGAAACGCUGCGCUUUCAGACUUGAAAGAGAUGUCGAUCGUCGGAAGAAAUGGACUUUUCAGAUUCGCAGGAGAGUAUGCUCAGGCAAGGACUCAUAAGUUUGAUGCCAAAACUUUGGAUGCUGUUGUGGAGUAUAAUAUUUAUGUUAUCCACUACUGA